GUGAAUGUGGAUGCACAGCGUCCACUGUUGGUAUUUUGUCCAGAUAUUGUGGUGGCUACACCAUCUCGGGCACUUGAACAUCUGAAAGCUAAAAAUCUCAAGCUGAAGGAGUCUCUUGAAAUUCUUGUAAUUGAUGAAGCAGACCUCAUUUUCUCAUUUGGCUUUGAAAAUGAAAUAAGAGAGAUAGUUAGGUAUUUACCAUCUGUGUAUCAAGCAGCAUUGGCAAGUGCCACUUUGUCAGAGGAUGUACUGAACUUAAAACGCUUAGUAUUGCACAACCCAGUAACAUUGAAGCUGAAUGAAGCUCAGCUAGCCCCACCAGAACAACUAGCACACUAUGCCCUUACAGCAGAAGAGCAAGAUAAAGCAGCUUUAUUGUGCACAAUGCUGAAGUUACAGUUAGUUCGAGGAAAAACUAUAAUCUUUGUGAAUACCGUGGACAAAUGUUAC